UUUUCGAGCUCGGCGUAUUACUUCUCGAGACAUGCCGGUGGAAAAUGAUGGUGCGUAACUGUCGCGUCCGCGUUCCUUCGGGACCGAUGAGGCGGUGCAUUGUGGCUAGUGGCUUGGCGUGUCCUUCGUUUGUCAAUGCUCCUCUUGUGGUCUUUGUCGACGUGUGGAUUCUCAACGACACCAACUCCCGGACCCAAACCCCGUCAGGACUCCAUUCGCAUCUCCGGUCGCCCAGCUUUGCAUUGCUGUCUGUUGCGCGAAACUCUUUUCCCACUGAGCUGACCGCGCGCCGCCCGCUGCUCGCACCCCUUUCGCGACGCGUCUCCCCUGCCGUCGCGUCUCACCGCAACCACUCACAUUGUAAGACGUUGAAGAGCGCCCAACAUGUCCCAAUACGCCAAAAUGAAGAACGACGAGCUCCAGGCGAUGCUCAGGGAGCGCGGCCUGCCGACCACGGGCAAGAAAGCCGAAAUGGUGGACCGUCUCACCAAGGACGACGAGAAGAAGAUAUCUGAGCCUGCACCGUCAAACGCGCAUCCCGAGGACGAGAUUGACUGGGACGACGGUGAUGAGGCUGCGAAACAGGAAGAGAAGCCAGACAAGAAGACGACAUCUGAGGAGGUCGCCGUUACCACCCUGACCCAGGCAGAGACCGUCGCCAAAGCAGGUGGCACUGGCCAGCCGCCGAACCCGCAGGCGGUGCCCAAUCAGCAGGCUGAUAUCGACCCCUCCAAAACGGACGAUCUUUCGGUGAAGCCGGCCGGUGAGGCGACGGAGGCCGCUACCGGAGCAACGCAGGAAGAGAACAAGGAACCCGCUCCAAGCUAUGCGGCUGGUAUUGCGGCGACCGACCUCGAUGCCGAAAUCGAGAAGCGCAAGAAGCGCGCUGCCAAGUUCGGCUUGAAGGUCGAGGACGACGAAACCCUCAAGAAGUUGGAGCGCGCAAAGAAGUUCGGCGAAUCGGGAGCACUUAAGGGCCUUGACGAGGCUCUUCCGGAGCGCAAAGAGCGAGAGCGAAAGCGAGGGCGCGAGGACAACGACGAUGCCGGCAGGAACAAACGCCGUGGCGGCGGUCCACGCGCUGGUGGAAACCGCGGAGGCAACCAUGAUGGUGACAGGAGACGGGACAACCGAGAGAACAGGAGAGAUGACAAACGCAAUGACAGUGGUUCCACCUGGAUGAGCGCCGCAGACCGAGAGCGUGCAGAAGCACGAAAGGCGAAGUGGACGAAGCCGGCAGCUGCCUCUUGAAGAUCAGGCAGGACUGCUUGCUUGUAUGCGCGAGAAACGCUGGGUUUUAGGUUUCACACUUCAGAAGAAACGCUUUCCUCAGCAAUAUAGCCUAGGGCACACGGAAUACGGACACAACGAGCCUGUAUACCACGUCCUUGACGAACUCGAUCGGGUCAGAUUGCAGGGACGGCUUUGGCCUUUAUUUCAUACAGACUUCCAGGAUAAUUGCAUUCAAUCAUUGGGGCACUUCUCCUUACCUCAUGCUUGGCUCUGCGCUUUAUGCAUUCCUCCAUUCGACGACUGGGGAGACACGAGGGUGUCUCUGAUCACACGAACCACUUGUGAUAGCCUCCACCUACU